AUGGCGGAGCAGGCAGGCGACCGGACAGUCACACAGCAGCUGAGUCGUGUGUAACGGUUGUAGUUCCGUGCCGGUCCGUGCCGGUCCGUGCCCGGGGAGGAUGGCCCACCGCUACCUGCGGCUGUCCGCCGGCUGCAGGGGCUUGUUCCGGCUGCUGCUGCCCUCCAGGCCGGCCAGGCUGGUGAUGUUCUCGACCACAGCUGGACAGGUAGGCAGUGGGCGGAGCCUGCUGACGGAGCUGCUGGGAGCAUACAGGAACCAGAGCUCCAAACCCCCGAAAGGUUUUGAAAAAUAUUUUCCAGAUGCUCAGAAACCUGUGAAUAAGUCUGAGACUGAAGCUGCAGCUAAAGAACCCAAAGCUGCUGAUGCGCCACGAACCUCCGGGGGGGGCGGAGGGGGGGGCAGAGGGGGGGGUGGAGAAGGGAAGCGAGGAGGGCGUAAGGAGGACUCUCAUUGGUACAGUCGUCUGCAGAAGGGGGACGUUCCCUGGGACGACAAAGAGUUCCGUCUGUACUUCCUGAGCGGAGUGGCGUUCUGGACCACCAUCACAUAUUUCUUCUUCUUCAGGGAUGGAGGUCGGGAGGUCACCUGGAAGGACUUUGUCAACAACUACCUGUCUAAAGGAGCGGUGGAACGCCUGGAAGUCGUCAACAAACGUUACGUCAAAGUGAUUUUCUCGGCCGGGAAGACGCCUGUGGACAGACAGUACAUCUGGUUCAACAUCGGCAGCGUGGACACGUUUGAGCGGAACCUGGAGACGGCGCAGUACGAGCUGGGCAUCGAGGGAGAGAAGCGCCUGCCGGUGGUUUACUCCGCCGAGAGCGACGGCACGUUUCUACUGAGCAUGCUCCCCACGGUGCUCAUCAUCGGCUUCCUGCUGUUCAUGCUGCGGCGGGGGCCGGCGGGGGCGGGGCGUCCCGGCCGGGGGAUGGGCGGACUCUUCAGCGUCAGCGAGACGACGGCGAAGAUCCUGAAAGACGAGAUCGACGUGAAGUUCAAAGACGUGGCGGGCUGCGAGGAGGCCAAGCUUGAGAUUAUGGAGUUUGUCAACUUCCUGAAGAACCCGAAACAGUACCAGGACCUCGGUGCCAAGAUCCCCAAGGGCGCCAUCUUGACGGGUCCUCCAGGAACAGGAAAGACUCUUCUGGCCAAAGCGACGGCGGGCGAGGCCGACGUCCCGUUCAUCACGGUCAACGGCUCCGAGUUCCUGGAGAUGUUUGUGGGCGUCGGCCCAGCGAGGGUGAGGGAUCUGUUUGUCAUGGCGAGGAAGAACGCCCCCUGCAUCCUCUUCAUCGAUGAGAUCGACGCUGUGGGACGAAAACGUGGACGAGGAAACCUUGGCGGACAGAGUGAACAGGAAAACACUCUGAACCAGCUGCUGGUGGAGAUGGACGGUUUCAACACAGCGACCAAUGUGGUUGUUCUGGCAGGAACCAACCGACCCGACAUCCUGGACCCGGCGCUGAUGAGACCCGGGCGCUUCGACAGGCAGAUCUACAUCGGUCAUCCUGAUAUCAAAGGUCGAGCGUCCAUCUUUAAAGUUCACCUGCGUCCUCUGAAACUGGAGACAACCGUAGACAAAGACGCCCUGGCUAGGAAGAUGGCCGCCCUCACACCCGGAUUCUCAGGUGCUGACAUCGCCAACGUCUGCAACGAGGCGGCUCUGAUCGCCGCUCGCCACCUUUCAGACGCCAUCAGCCAGAAACACUUUGAACAGGCCAUCGAGAGGGUCAUCGGAGGUCUGGAGAAGAAGACUCAGGUGCUGCAGCCAGAGGAGAAGAAGACGGUGGCGUAUCACGAAGCCGGCCACGCGGUCGCUGGAUGGUUCCUGGAACACGCCGACCCACUGCUAAAGGUGUCCAUCAUCCCCAGAGGGCGGGGCCUGGGGUAUGCUCAGUACCUGCCUCGGGAGCAGUACCUGUACACCAGAGAGCAGCUGCUGGACCGGAUGUGUAUGACUCUGGGAGGACGCGUCUCCGAGGAGAUCUUCUUUGGACGGAUCACCACCGGAGCUCAGGACGACCUCCGAAAGGUCACCCAGAGCGCCUACGCACAGAUCGUUCAGUUCGGGAUGAACGAGAAGGUCGGUCAGGUUUCCUUCGACCUCCCGCGCCAGGGCGAGAUGGUUCUGGAGAAACCGUACAGCGAAGCAACGGCUCGUCUCAUUGACACCGAGGUCCGAGGCCUCAUCAGAGAGGCGUACCAGAGAACCCAGCAGCUGCUGAGCAUGAAGAAGGCCGAGGUGGAGAAGGUGGCGCUGCGGCUCCUGGAGAAGGAGGUUCUGGAUAAGGGCGACAUGGUGGAGCUGCUGGGGAACCGUCCCUUUGCAGAGAAGUCGACGUACGAAGAGUUUGUGGAGGGAACCGGAGGCGAGGACGAGGACACGUCUCUACCGGACGGUCUGAAAGAUUGGAACCAGGAGAGGACGGAGAAGGAAGAGAGUCCGGACGAACAGGUGGCCCGGCAGAUCUCUGGAGGAAUGCCCUUCUAGAACCUUCCGUAGAUGUCUGGGCUCCACUGUACACACGGACCGAUCAUUCCCGUGUUUAAAAUAUCAUCUGGAAUAUUUCUGAGGUUUAGAACUCUCCGUCCUCACGUAAACAUUCUGUACCAAACCCAUAACUGUCACCGUGUAAAGUUGCUCACUGUUCUGUUGGAGGUUUGGGUUCUUCCACCAACACAAACCCACCUUGUCUCCAUCGGUCCAACACCUGCUCCCUGACGCUCAGAACAAUAAACCUGCUUUGUCUUUCUGCACCAAAGAUAAAACGUCACCUGAUGAAAUCCA